GUGUGAAGGCUCUGCUCUGUCAUUAACCAGUCGACCAGUUGGCACAUCUUCAUCGAGCGGGGAGGACCCGAGUGUGACGGCUCUGUAUCUCUCCCUCUCUCUCUCUCUCUCCGCCGCCGCCGCCGCUAGAUGUGAUCUAUAGACAAAACUGGUUACUACGUGUCUCGCGGUUGGUGCUGACCGAGUUGAAUGCAGUGAUUAUUUGAGACGGAAAGACGCCUUCUGUCGCUCUCCUGAAGAAGAAGGAUAAGAAGAAGGAGUAGCAGGAGGAAGAGGAGGAGUUUUGGCCUUCUUAUACUUAUCUGUCGUGUUUUUAUUUUUAUAUUAAUUUUUUAUUGUAUUUACGUCGGAGUCGAUGUCUUUGUCUCGCCCGACGACGCCGACUCUGUGAUGGAGAUUCGGGUGGAGUGUGUGGCCAGGAUGGACGAGAGUGACUCCCCUUCCUUGCCCGCCCACGGCCAAAGGGCGCCGCCCAGCCCCUGCGACAGCGAAAUCAGCGUCGGCUGCGAGGCCGACGGCUCCGCCGGCGGCGAUCGCGGGGAAGACAGCAGCUCCCACCAGCAGCAGCACCUGCUACAUCCACACCACCACCACCACCACCACCACCAUCAGGGCGGGGCGCCGCCCCCACCGCCGUCCCCGAUGGACAUGACCAACCACGGCGCUGGGGACACCUCCACGGAAGAGGACGAAGACGAGGAGGACGACGACGAAGAUGGCGAGGAGACCGAACCGCACUCGCCCUCGACGUCCAGGGGCGCCCCCUCGCCCACGCUCUCCUCGGCGUCGCUCCACACGGAGUCCUUCACCUACCUCUCCGACGACGACUACUUCCGCCCCCUCAAGAGGCUGGCCAUGUCCGGCACUGCAGCAGCAGCAGCAGCAGCAGCGAAUUCGCCUCCCGGGAAUCAGGUUCCUUCGGCGGGAGUGAAUCCUCCGACGGGCAAACAGGACGCCGGCGACCGUUCCUCGUCGCCUUCGUCACCCGACGGCCAUCGUCAACAUCACCACAGCCUUCACCAACAGCCGCCUGCGGGGGAGAGAGGAGGCCCUAUGAUCGACGAUGACCUCGAUAGGGCUGCGGCGGCUGCUGCAGCGGCGGCCGCAGCAGCCGAAGGGCACAAGCAGGAAGCCGGCCUGAGGUCCUUCUCAAUCCUGGACAUCCUCUCCUACAAACCGUCGCGGAGGAAAUCGUCGGUCCCCGUCAAGAUCGUCAGACCCUGGGAUACGAGGGAGGACUCGUCGGAGGGCGCCGCCCCGUCGGCCAACGCUGCUGCCGCGGCGGCAGCGGGGAACAAGUCCUCGUCGGGGCAGGGCGAGAAGAAGGGCGGGAGUCAUGACAAGGGCGGCGCCCUGGACGCUCUCUUCAAGAUGACGAAUAAGACGCUGGAUAAUUUGAAUAAGGACGAUAAGGCUGAUUCCGUCAACCUGUUCAACAGCCGACAGCCUCCCAAGAAGAAGCGAAAGAGCCGAACCGCCUUCACAAACCACCAAAUCUUCGAGCUGGAGAAACGGUUCCUCUACCAAAAGUACCUUUCCCCGGCCGACAGAGACGAGCUGGCCCAGAAUUUGGGACUCAGCAAUGCCCAGGUCAUCACCUGGUUCCAGAACAGAAGAGCGAAGCUCAAGCGCGACAUGGAAGAGCUGAAAAGAGACGUCGAAUGCACCAAGGUCAUAUCUUCGGGCAAGGCGCUCCUGGAAGCCUCCGUCAGCGUCGCCGCUCUCCUGAAGAACAAGGACUUCCCGAGGAUACCCAUCCCGUCGCUGCCCCACUAGUACAGAGCCCGCCUUCUGCGUUGCUACUCUCCUUACCAACACUACAGAGACGAGGUCCAGCGCGUCCUUGGGAACCAGUCUUAGCAGCAUCCUGAAGGUGGGGGACGUCACCGUAUCACUUUGGGGCCAUGAACCGAGCGCGUGGCUGGAAGAAGCCGGCGGAGCCUUUGGGAAUAAGGGAAGCGAGGCCUCUGGACUCUUGACUGGAAGCCUUUGACAGACUCUUCCCGACUUCAUUUUUUGAGGCCUUUUCCGAAGCCUAAGAGCCUGGAAGCCUCUUCUGGAGUCUGGAACUCGGGAUUCUUUUGGGGGUUGGCCCGGAAGAUGACCUUAAAGGAAUGGAGGGCGGUGGGAGCCUCUUCCGGAGUCUGGAAAUCAGGAUCUCCCUUGUGGUUUGGCCUGGAAAGAGCGAAGGGCAGCUUCCGUUCCUGGAAAUGUCAAGAACACUUUCGCAAUAUCCAGAGUUCAGUGAAUAUGUCGUUUUUUUAUGGAAUAACAGUGGCCGCUUCCUCAAGGAAACAGUCCCUGGAAAAACUGGGAUGGCUCUUAGGGCCAAGUUACCUGCUGGAAAGCCGCUUACCGGAAGAGAUAAGAGACAUCCUGGAAACGAAUUCCAGUAUUCAGUGCGAUUUGUCUUUUCUCAUGGAAAAUAGUGACUGCUUCUUCCAGGAGACAGUCCCUGGAAAAACUGGAAUGGCUUUUUGGGCCAAGUGAUCCACUAGAAAGCUGAGCUCUAGAGACUUACUGGAAAUGAAUUCCAGUAUUCAGUGCGAUUUGCAGACGGUACUGACAAAAAGUGCAUAACAGUGAAAAGGAAAAUGUCGAACUAGUGUAACUGCUACGUCUUGGCACAACAGUGAAACAGUCCAGUGACGAUAAAUAGUUGGAACUGUCGCGAAAAUCACAGCUGACUGACUGAUUUAUUAAGAGGGAAGGCGACCUGGCGUCGCCACGAUCGGAAAUAUUAUGUGUACAGCCCCUACUAGUGAUCAUUUGUAUUUCUAUAUUAUUCUGACUUAUGUACAAGAAAAAUGGUUGUGUUCUCUCUCUCUCUCUCUCUCUCUCUCUCUCUCUCUCUCUCUCUCUCUCUCUCUCGUUUUCAUAUUCUGUCCAUGAAAUUACUAUGUAUAUCUAAAUAUUUAGUGUCGGGAUACUGAAGAAUUUUUUUUAAAUCAGCUGACAUUUUGGCGAAAGUAUGGGAGAUUUCCCCCUCAUUGAUUGAUAGGUUGACUCUUUAACAGAUUUGGCAAAAUCCAAAAAUCUUCCUCAAAGGCAAAAAUUGAUCUUUAUUCUACUGAUGAAAAAAUCUUUGAAAAAAAUUCAAAGUCAAACAAAAUUAGAAAUAAAAUUGAAAUCAAAAUAAAAUAUCUUUCCCAUAAUUCCACCUAAAUGUUACCCUCCCUAUUUAUACAUCUUCAUUAUACAUUAUACAGCUUUAUAUAUCUUCAUUGUACCUUUGGUAUGUCUUAACUUGACCCUUGACCUCCAUUGACCCCCCCACUCCCCUUUCCCUGUCUGACCUCGUCAAGUUGGAAAUCUCGUGUAAAUAAUUAUUAUUUAUAAACUUUGAAAUCCCAGUUUACUGAAUCUUUCAAAAAUAAACAAAAGCUUUGAGUAAACAUCUUGAUAACCCAAUAAGAAUUUGUAUUUUUUAGUAAAAUAUUCGAAUUCUUAAUUUUGGAACAAAACUAAAAAGAAAAUCUUUGAAUGAAAAUUUUGACUUCUCAAUAAUAAUUUUGUAGCAAAACUAAACAGAAAAUCUUUGAGCAAAAUAAUUUGACUUCUCAAUAAGAAUUUUGUAGCAAAGCAAAAAAGAAAAUCUUUAAUAAAAAAUCUGGCUUCUCAAUAGGAACUCUGUAGCAAAACUAAUCAGAAAAUGUUUGAAUAAAACAUGUAACUUCUCAAUAAGAAUUUUGUAGCAAAACUAAAAAGAAAAAUCUUUGCGUAGAAAAUAUGACAACUGAAUAAAAAUUUCGUUGUAAAUGCAACACAAUCAUAGUAGAUUAGAUCUGGCGACAGACACAUUAAAAAAUCCGUCAAUUAUUGUAGGAAAUUGUGGCUUAUGGCUGUCACGUUUUGAUUUACGACAGAUUGGAAAGUUGGCGUAUAAGCAAUGACCCAAACAUUUAAGAAAUGUCUAAAACAAAAUAAAAAUAAAGGAAAAUAUAAACGGGACACGAAAGGCGAAUGAACCGGCGACUUAUUUUAACUUAUUUUCCAAAAGGCAACAAACGCGAUCAUCUUAUUUAUUUGACUUUAUUAACCUUAUUUUGCUUUUCGUUGAGGAAAGGCAAAUGAAGGUGUCCCAAUGACGUGUAUUUAUUUAUUCAUGAUAUCUUUAGAUAUCAAGACAACGUCGUGAAUGAAUGAAUAAUUUGAAUAAUACUGGUUAUAAUAGUGAUCACUUUUACAUUUUACUCGGCACAAACACGAAUGGAAUGCGGCGUCUUCCUGUCAAUAGUAGAUGCUGGUGUUGACUUUUGUGAAAGGCAAACAAAAUGUCUAUAUACAGGUUUCAGAACCUCUCCUCAAUGAUGCCGACAUUCUUUCCAGAGGAAAAUGAAAUGAUAAUCUCACGAAUUAUUGCAUCAUUUAGUGCCAAUUGUCACCGACGAUGGUCAUCUAGCCGUGAAAUUAUCAUUACCUUAAUUGUCAAGGAUGUAAUUAUAUAAUUCGCGAACAUACAGGCUUGAAAAAAUCUUGGAGGAUUGUUUACAAAUUGCGCAACGAGAGGAAUUGGCAAUUUUGACGUUUGUAGAAAAAAAAUCAUAUUUGGGGAUUGUUUAUUCAGACAAAUUCAACACACAUUUCGCAUCUCUCAUUUAGCUAAAUAAGCACAUAUACAUUAUUUGCGUAAGAAAAUAAGGAUUGACUUAUUUUUCCCCAUCUAUUUGUGGUGUCAAUCCCCUACCUUAUUUCUUAGAGAUAUUUGAAUAUCUUAAAGUUAUGCUUACUUCACGCGUCUUCGACGGGUAUAUAUUUAAACGCGUGGACACUUAUCACAUUCCAAGAUGAAAUUCAGGUCUACGUUAUUGUAAAAGAAUGCCUUAUUCCAAUACCAGAUUCUGUGAAAUCUUCGUAUAAUAUUCUGCCGAUAUCAAAACACUACGAGCUAAAUAAGCAAUUGCAGGCUUCAGCUUAUUAUAACUGGAAAUAAGCGUUUAAUUGUCUGAGUUGUCUUAUACCCGUGACGAAUAGAGGACCCUCGAGAAAGAAUUGUCAGUUGGGCAGAAAUCUUUACAAAAAUGACGCUGAAGAAAAUCUGGGAAAGAAAUUUAAAAAAAAAAUAAUUCUCUAAUUAUCCUAUUCGUACUCCCUUUAUUUCCUCUCCCUCAUAUUUAUCAUAUUUAUUUCAAACAUCUUUCGCUUCGAGCAAAAAUAUUUAAGUUCCUGUUUUGUCACGAAGUUGCCGUAAUGUAUUCAAACGUGUUCUCGAUAAGUUGACAACAGGCAAAUACAUCGAAGUACAUCAUCACACUGCCGGAAAUAUAUUGCAAAUAUGUUUCUUUAUCUUGGUAUGAUCAAAAUUUUAUUCAUAUCUGGGAAAUAUUCACGUAAUUCGAGAUUAGAUUUUCGUUGAUAAUUAGUGACAGGUUUUUAAACCAGCGCGUCUAAAUGUAUACAUGAUAUAUACUUAUGAAUAUUGACCAUACAUUGGACUGCAUACGCACAUAAAACAUAACUAUGCACAUGCAUUAUAUAUGUAUGUAUGUAUGUAUGUAUAUAUCUAUAUA